AUGAAGAUUAAUAAAGAUAAAAAUCUACUUAAGGAAAAAAUAGUAGCAGGAAGUAAUUGUAACAUUAUUAAUAAUAUUGAUAAUGAUGAUGAUGGGGUGGACAAGAUCAGUCAGCUGCCGGACGAUAUUCUCGUAUCUAUAAUCUCACGGCUGACGGUGGCCGAAGCUGUGUGCACGAGCGUCCUAUCCACACGUUGGCGUGGGCUCCACAAGUACAUCACCCGCCUCGAUUUUCUCCAACCUCCAAACAACUACAAGCAUUUAAAGAUCAAGAAGAGGAGCGUGGCCGCAACAAAAAAGAUAAACACAUGGUCGGACGACGAGACGUGGCCAAUCGAGAGAUGGCUCGAUUUUACGUUUUCCAAAAAAUUUGUCCGAACCGUCCACCUACACUUAAAUUCCGUUCACGCAUCGGCUCGUUUUCCCAUUCCUCCUUGUAUUUUUGAAAGAAACUUACCGGCCUUCGAAUCCCUAAAAGAAUUAUCUCUACAAGGCGUUGAUUUCGACGACGAGGGAUUGAGGCUACUGCUUUCGAAUUCCGUCGCUCUCGAGCGCCUCUCGAUUUCGCGUAACGAUGCAUUAAGCGACGUGCGUAUAUCUGGCGAUUUGGCGCCAAAGUUGAAGCACUUGAGCAUAAGUACGUGUUGGAGUAUCAAAACCAUGGAGAUUAGAGACAUGACGAACCUCGAAUCUAUGAGGUUUGAUGAAUUUCCGCAUUAUUGUCUCCUCGUGAUAGAAAAUGUGCCGAGGCUUGUUGAGUUGGACACUAAUUGUGUCGAGAUCGGAACUGAAAUCCUCUCGCGCGGCAAUAUAAUUAGUGAGAAAUUGGCGAAGGUUAAACAUGUGGAGUUGGAAUGUCAUCUGUUCAGGAAAACUAUUGACUUCCAGGAACUCGUUCGUUUCAUCGACGCGUGUCCGUGCUUGCAGAGACUCGAGAUUAAGUUUACGGCAACAAGCUUUCACGAACGAUAUUAUCGUAUGAAGGUGGUGAACAAGGCCUCAAAUGAUGAUCAUCCGAAAACGGUGAAACUGUCGGGACUCGAAGCGUCUCCGAACGAAGUCGAACUCGGGGUGCUCGUUGUUGGAAAAGCUACGGCACUUGAAGAGCUUAUCGUGGAAAUUAGCCCCGACAAAAGCUACACAAGCCGAGAAAGGACGAUAGCUCGUGUGCGGAAAGAAUUUCAACCAAUGCUACAAGAUUCGGUUAAUUUUAUUGUUGUCUAG